AUGGUGAAGGACGAGGAGAUGAGGGCGGCCGAGCAGAUGAAAAAGUGUAUGGUGUAUGAGGUGAGCCUGAAGCAGUGGUGGGAGCAGAUACAUUCUGUGGAGAAAGAAGGUGGUGGGAAGGAUGCUGUGGUUGUGGAUGCGAGGGUGAGGAGGCUGGUCUGCCGGGCUCUUGGGAUGGAGGCGGAGAAGGGUGGGUGUGGGGGGUUGAGUUUGAGUUUGUAUGAGAAGAUGAGGUGGGUGCAAGAGACAAGAGGGUGGUUUGAUGGGGAGAGAGAGGUGAGGGUGAAGGGGAAUAAGGAAGUUGGGAGUGAGAGUAGUUGGACUAGGCUUGGUUGCUAUGUGUUGUUGGAGAGCUUUGUGUUUAGGAGAAUGGAUGGGAGUUUGUUGAUCAAUUUCAAUUUUAGAAACACAGAUAAGAUUGUGUGCAAAUGGGAGAGUGUCCUUGCUUCAAAAUUUGAUCAAUUCCAACCGUCUACUAACUUUUUAUAUCAAGAAUGUAUGUAUUUGUACCCAAUGAAAAUUUUCCAAAGAUGCCCACUUCUAUAUUUCAAUAUUCGAAAUUGA